CUGAGACAAAGCCACAGCCCAAGUGAUAUGCCGGUGUCAGAACAAUUCCUGUCCCGAAGGAAGGUAUGCAACCUUCUUUAUUCCCCCUUCACAGACGUCCUUGAGCCCUCGAGACGGAUGUGAGCGAGUUUUUCAGUGCUCAUGCAAAACAACCAUCUAAACAUAACAGAUGACAUCAGCUUGGGCUUUUCAAUUCCUGGAUGGCAGCGGCGUGUUAAUCCAGCCUUCAUCCUGGAUUUCAUAAACUAAAACAAGAGAGCCUGGCAAGAGGACAGCGCUGCUGCUGGGUUGAGGAAAUUGAUGACGGGGAAGCAUGCGGGCAACCCAGUGUAUAAAGCUCAUAAACGUGUAGGCAGAGGCUCGGCUACCACUUUGGACAGCUGCUUCCCGCCAGCAGAGAACCACGCCGCCCGCAGGGAGCUGAGCCAGAGCCGGCGGGAAACAUGAAGAGCCUCUUGCUGCUAGCCACGCUCCUGGUACCCGCGCACCUGGCGACGACCUGGAGCCCCAAGUACGCGGUCGACUGCCCCGAGCGAUGCGACCGCGCCGAGUGCAAAAGCAGCCUGAGCUGCAAGCGGACAGUGCUGGACGACUGCGGCUGCUGCCGGGUGUGCGCCGCGGGCCUGGGCGAAACCUGCUACCGCACCGUCUCCGGCAUGGACGGCGCCAAGUGUGGCCCGGGGCUCAGGUGUCAGUUUUACAGUGAGGAAGAUGACUUUGGUGACGAGUUUGGUAUCUGCAAAGACUGUCCCUACGGCACCUUCGGGAUGGAAUGCAAGGAGACAUGCAACUGUCAGUCUGGCAUAUGUGACAGAGUGACUGGCAAAUGUCUGAAAUUUCCCUUCCUCCAAUAUUCAGUAGCCAAGACUUCCAACAGGAGACUUGUUUCUACAGAGCAUGACAUGGCAUCCGGAGACGGCAAUACUGUGACAGAAGAACUUGUAAAAAAGAAUACCCGCUCGCCUGUAAUGAAAUGGUUAAAUCCUCGCUGAGCCUGGGUGGGGUUUCUGAGAGAAGACUCUUAUCUUAAUGGUCAUUCAACACACAGCCAACAUUUUAGGAACUGUCUAGAUUAUAGCAUAUGGACAUGUGAUAUCGGGAGGCCAAGUGUGGGGGUCCAGAAAAAAAAAAUAAUAAAGUAGGCUACUAACAAUCCAUAAAAUGCAUAUGACUGAACACUUUUAGAUCUUUGUGAAAUAUAUGAAUACAUACAGAUUUGUUAAAUAUGUGUUUAUAGUAAUACUGAAGAACGGAAAACACAAUUUAGAUCAUAUUAACGUGGACGCAGAUCAGCCCCAGAGGAAGCUAAAGCUGAAGGCCACAGUGCCUGUGACUCGGAUGUGCACUGAUGCUGGGAUACAGGAUGGAGGGAGAGUUCGGAGCGAGAGAAGGUGGGGGCGGGUGGGGGAGUAUGGUAUUUAGGUCUUCCUUGUAGUAGCACCAAUAGAAUUUAAUUGUGCUUUUUUUUUUUUUUAACUUUGGGAAAAGUAAACACAAAACCAGCCCUGAAGGAAGGGGGAUAGUUGAAGCUUGUAGGAGAUUGGGUAGCAGCCCCCAUAGUGAGGCAGGUUUCAAAGGCUGCUACGUGUCAUUCCCAGAUGACCGCAUCUGAAGGGAGAUUCUGGGGCAGAGGGCAAACUCCUGUAAAUGGUUUUAAAGAAGGCCACCUCAGACCGAGAGAGCCAGGCAGUAUUUUUCCCACUUAGAGGAGGUGGGAAGGUAAAUAUUUACAUAAUUUUGUCAACGAUUUAUGUUAGUAUGAGUCAUCCUAACAGACAUACUCAUCACCCUCUACUGUUCGUUUAAAAUGGGUAGAAUAAAGGUAUAACACUCUAAGGUUUCCAAACCCCCAAGGCAUGGUAAAUUUAUUAUUAGUAAUUAUAGUAAUAUUUACAGUAAUAAGCACAAGAGAACCCUGGGAAUAACUUAGUCAUGACAAAUGUAUACAAUGUCAGAAAAUGAGCAACAGAAGGAAUUUAUUGAAAAGCCAGUGCAGUGACUUAGAAGUGUUUUAGGUUUAAAGUAGAAAAUACUUUUUAGGAGGUUUGGAAGAGAGUCAAGAAGCGUCAGCUUUAAAAUAGGGCUCAUUUUCUUAUUUUUCUUUCCUUCAAAGUCAGUUGGUAAGUGGAAUUAUGAGCACACGGGAGGAUCUCAGCGCACACGGGAGGAUCUCAGCACAAAUGGGACGGUUGUACUAGAUUUUGUUAGGAAACGUUUGCAGACCUAUUUUAUUUGGAGUGAAGAUUAUUUAAGGAUUAUUUCACUAUUUGCCUAUGUUUUAUUCUCAAAGUUUGCCACAGAGUUGUGAAUGCGUGUGUGGGAAGGUCUUGGAUCAUGAGCUGCAUAAGCUGUUGGAUUUGUUUUAAAAGGAAAAGUUUAUGGCUGCUCAAUAAAAAUACAAGACAGCUGCUCUGAGUCCAUUCAUGACUUUGUUAAAUCAUUAAAAGUUAUUUAAGAUUCACUUGAUGGAGUGCUGGAUGGGUCGGUCGGUUGAGCGACCCGCUCUUGAUAGCUCUUGAUUUCAGCUUUGGUCAUGAUCUCACGGUUCACGGGGUCAAGCCCCGGGUCGGGCUCUGCACUGACGGCACGGAACCUGCCUGGGAUUCUCUGUCGCCCUGUCUCUCUUUCCUCCCCCAUUCGCUUACAUGUGUGCUCUCUCUCAAAAUAAGCAUUUUUUUAAAAAAAGUUUCAUCCAAUGAACAAAAAGUCUGUGUGCCUAUUAAAAGUUGGCUUCUCAACUGAAUUUGCUGCUAUAGAUAAGCAUUUUCUGUCAAAACAUGAGGCUAGAAUAUUUAUUUCUUUGCCUCACAUUUUUGGUCUACCCAUGCCUUAUAGUUCCCUGAAACGUAGGUCCCUAAAUAUUAAUCCAUGUGUAGAGACAAAAACAAAACAAUGCUUCUGUCAGUGUUUUGAAGAUACUUAUACUUUAGAAGGUGUCUGCAAAGACAGAUCUUUUGGUGUCUGUGAAAGAAUAGAGUAGCAUUUGGCUUUGGAGCUUGAGAGUAUCAUGUCCAAGAACAGUAUAGUUUCACUUAGCUUUAUUAUGGGCAAAUUAGGAAAUCAUUUAAAUGAAUUGACACAAUGCCCAAAAAAAAAAAUUGUCUGUAUUAGCAAAAACAUCAAUCUGCCUGAUCUUUUUCUUUUUUUUAAGAUGAAAGAAAGUGAAUGAGAUAAAAAUUUCUAUCAAUGUGUUAUCAAUGUGAGAUAUUCAUAUUAUUAUUAAAUAAGAACAAUGUAUGUUUUUAUGUCUUUACAUAAGACAUAUGUUUGUAUGUCUUUACUCUUACCAGUGUGCAGUGGGUUUCAGGACAUGCUUUCAGGGAGUGAGAUUACUUAAAUAUCUGCAUCUGUAUCUGUAUCUGACUUGGCCUGAAGCCCAGGCUGCAGUCCAAAUGUCCCUCUGGGGAAGGGCUGACAGUGGAACAAGAGCUAGACCAGGGCAGGACUUGCCUCUGGUCCUUGUUCUGCAGCCUGGGAGAUCAUGGUCAAUAUAACUGAACAAAGGUGGGUUCAUCUGUUCUCAGUCGCAGGCAUGUUUUCUAGUUGCCCAGCUUCCUGUUACUGGGACCCCUCUGUGCAUUUCACUUCAAGUGCUGGUACUGGUCUGUCUCAAAUUGCUCUGUAGCCUUCUGACUCUAUUCUUGAUAGAAGUGGCCUCCAAAAUCUUUGGAUUUUGUACUUUUUGACUGCAAUACUUUUGAGCAUGCAAUUUUAAACUGAAUACAUAGCAUAGUGUUAAUACACUAUGUUCAUUAUAGCACAUAUACUCAAAGUAGAAAUUUUUAAGGGAUUAAAAAAUAAAUAGAAA